GUAGUCCUCUUUGCUGGCUGCGUGUUGCUGCGUAUCCACGCCCAAGAGGACGACGACGAACAGCCGCUGCAUCUGACAAACGACGCGUCUUUCUUUCAGCCCCAACUCCAUGACAAGCGACUGGGUCGCCAGCUGCGCGAGGAUCUCGGCCAGAGCCUAAGCUCCGCAAGCAGCGGCAGCGGCAGUGGGAGUGGGAGCAGCAGUCAGUCCACAUCCACGUACGAGGAUGAUGAACAGGAUGAGGACGAUGUGGAGGGCUCCAGCGAGUACUAUGACAGCGAUGAGGAGCAGGACAGCAACGACUCGCUGCCACGAUUGCUCUCCCAGUCGACAUUCAAUCGGAUAUCGGAGACCCUGGGCGCCAUCAAUCAUGUGGGACACAUGCUGGUGGACAUGACCAGAGGGGGACAGGAUGCGGCCAAGCCGGAGAGUGAGGGAAGCGAUGACAAGAGCCCCGGCACCAGCUCCAGCACCACCUCCAGCUCCGCUUCCACCACAGAAACAACGCCCACUCCCGCCCCCGCCGGUGGCAGCAGCACGAAGAUCGUGACAUCCUCUCCUCUGGGCAGAUCGGAGCCCCUGCCGGGCAUCUCUGGCAAGCUGCUGGACAGCCCCAUUACACUCUCCGCCAACAGUUUGCUGCCAGCGGGCAGGCCAGCCAAUCUGAGUGCCAUUCAACAGGUGGCAACCAAAAGAAUAGGCGUCGAGUCCUCCCCCAUGUUCGUCGAGAACAAGGAGCUCAAGCAGAAGAAGAAAAAGAAGAAGAACAAGAACAAGCAGAAGCUGAAGCAGAAACCCAGCGAGGAUCAGCUGCAGGGCACGCAGCAGAUCCAGCAGAAGAUCAAAAUUCCAACGACGCCUCGAACCACCACCACCAGCAGCAGCAGCAGCACCCCGACAACCAGCAGCAGCACGAGGAUCACGCCAGUGACCCUACGACCUCUCGAUCAAUUGGCUUUGGCCAGCAGUGAGGAGGCGGAGGAGUCCGGCACGGGCAAGGAUGUGGAGAACUACUGCAAGACGCCAAGCGGCCGGGCGGGACGCUGCGAGGAUCUCAGCAGCUGUCCUGCGCUGCUGCUGAAUCUGAGCAGCCUGCGCGAGUCCCUGUGCUUCAAGAGUCUGUUCGUGCCGGGCGUCUGCUGUCCCCUGUCUUCGGUCAGCACUUCGGAGAGUUUCGCCCUGCAGAGCACCACGCAGAGGCCGCUCAAACUGACGGCCAAACCCACUCCCGGCAGCACCACCAAACGCACCACUGUGCGGCCAGCGACAGCCAGACCCACGACGCGGCCCACCUCUGGUCUGGUGCUCAUUCCCCAGAAGAAACCGCCAACCACCACUACGACGACAACGACAGAAGUGCCCCUGGAGCCCGAGGGCCUGGACGAGAUUGGCAACAACAUUGUGGAUCCGGACGAGUGCGGACAGCAGGAGUACUCCACGGGCCGGAUCGUGGGCGGCGUGGAGGCACCCAAUGGCCAGUGGCCCUGGAUGGCAGCCAUCUUUCUGCACGGCCCCAAGCGCACAGAGUUCUGGUGCGGGGGCUCCCUGAUUGGCAGCAAGUACAUCCUGACAGCGGCGCAUUGCACGCGGGACUCGAGGCAGAAGCCCUUUGCGGCACGACAGUUUACCGUGCGCUUGGGCGACAUAGAUCUGUCCACAGAUGCGGAGCCCUCGGAUCCGGUCACAUUUGCCGUGAAGGAGGUCAGGACGCAUGAACGCUUCUCACGCAUUGGUUUCUACAACGACAUUGCCAUUCUGGUGCUGGACAAACCCGUGAGGAAAUCGAAAUAUGUGAUACCCGUCUGCCUGCCCAAGGGCAUUCGAAUGCCACCGAAGGAGCGGCUGCCGGGACGCCGGGCCACUGUGGUGGGCUGGGGCACCACCUACUACGGUGGCAAGGAGUCCACCAGCCAGCGGCAGGCAGAGCUGCCCAUCUGGCGGAACGAGGACUGCGAUCGCAGCUACUUCCAGCCCAUCAACGAGAAUUUCCUGUGUGCUGGCUACUCCGAUGGCGGCGUGGAUGCGUGUCAGGGUGACUCUGGUGGGCCUUUGAUGAUGCGCUAUGACUCCCAUUGGGUGCAGCUGGGCGUUGUGUCGUUUGGCAACAAGUGCGGCGAGCCGGGCUAUCCUGGUGUGUACACACGUGUCACUGAGUACCUGGAAUGGAUACGAGAUCACACGCGUGACUGA